GAGCUCUCCAAAGCCCACUGCCAGUUCUCUUCGUGGACUAACUGUAACGGAGAGACUAAAGAUGAUUCCUUUCUUACCCAUAUUUUCUCUACUCUUGCUGGUUGUUGUUAACUCUGCAAAUGCCAAUGGCCAUUAUGACAAGAUCUUGGCUCAUAGCCGAAUCAGGGGCCGGGAUCAGGGCCCAAAUGUCUGUGCCCUUCAACAGAUUUUAGGCACCAAAAAGAAAUACUUCAGCACUUGUAGGAACUGGUACCAAGGUGCCAUCUGUGGAAAGAAAACGACAGUGUUAUAUGAAUGUUGCCCUGGUUAUAUGAGGAUGGAAGGAAUGAAAGGCUGCCCAGCAGUUAUGCCUAUUGACCAUGUUUACGGCACUCUGGGCAUCGUGGGAGCCACCACAACACAACGCUAUUCUGAUGUCUCAAGACUGAGGGAAGAGAUUGAAGGAAAGGGAUCAUUUACUUAUUUUGCACCGAGUAAUGAGGCUUGGGACAACUUGGAUUCUGAUAUCCGUAGAGGUUUGGAGAGCAAUGUAAAUGUUGAAUUAUUGAAUGCUUUACAUAGCCACAUGGUUAAUAACAGAAUGUUGACCAAGGACUUAAAAAAUGGCAUGAUUAUUCCCUCAAUGUAUAACAAUUUGGGACUUUUCAUUAACCAUUAUCCUAAUGGGGUUGUCACUGUUAACUGCGCUCGAAUCAUCCAUGGGAACCAGAUUGCAACAAAUGGUGUUGUACAUGUCAUUGAUCGUGUCCUUACACAAAUUGGUACCUCAAUUCAAGACUUCAUUGAAGCAGAAGAUGAACUCUCAUCUUUUAGAGCAGCUGCUAUCACAUCUGAUAUUCUGGAGGCCCUUGGAAGAGAUGGUCACUUCACUCUCUUUGCUCCCACCAAUGAGGCUUUUGAGAAGCUUCCACGAGGUGUCCUAGAAAGGAUCAUGGGAGACAAAGUGGCUUCUGAAGCCCUCAUGAAGUACCACCUUUUGAACACCCUCCAGUGUUCUGAGGCAAUUAUGGGAGGAGCAGUCUUUGAGACUCUGGAAGGAAACACCAUUGAGAUAGGAUGUGACAGUGACAGUAUAACAGUAAAUGGAAUCAAAAUGGUGAACAAAAAAGAUAUCGUGACAAAUAAUGGUGUUAUCCAUUUGAUUGAUCAGGUCCUAAUUCCUGAUUCUGCUAAACAAGUUAUUGAGCUGGCUGGAAAUCAGCAAACCACUUUCACAGACCUCGUGGCCCAACUAGGCUUGGCAUCUGCUUUGCGGCCAGAUGGAGAAUAUACUUUGCUGGCCCCUGUGAAUAAUGCGUUUUCAGAUGAUACUCUGAGCAUGGAUCAGCGGCUUCUUAAAUUAAUUCUGCAGAAUCACAUACUGAAAGUAAAAGUUGGGCUUAAUGAGCUUUACAAUGGACAAAAACUUGAAACCAUUGGAGGCAAACAGCUCAGAGUCUUUGUCUAUCGAACAGCUGUCUGCAUUGAAAAUUCAUGCAUGGUGAGAGGAAGCAAACAAGGAAGAAAUGGUGCCAUUCACAUAUUCCGAGAGAUCAUCAAACCAGCAGAGAAAUCCCUCCAUGAAAAACUAAAACAAGAUAAACGCUUUAGCAUUUUCCUCAGUCUACUUGAAGCCGCAGACCUGAAAGAGCUCCUGACACAACCUGGGGAUUGGACCUUAUUUGUCCCAACCAAUGAUGCCUUUAAGGGAAUGACAAAUGAAGAAAAAGAAAUUCUGAUUCGAGACAAAAAUGCCCUUCAAAACAUCAUCCUUUAUCACCUGACACCAGGAGUUUUCAUUGGAAAGGGAUUCGAACCCGGUGUUACUAACAUUCUGAAGACCACACAAGGAAGCAAAAUCUAUCUGAAAGGAGUAAAUGAUACACUUCUGGUGAAUGAAGUGAAAUCAAAAGAAUCUGACAUCAUGACAACGAAUGGUGUCAUUCAUGUUGUAGAUAAACUCCUCUACCCAGCAGACACACCUGUUGGAAAUGAUCAGCUACUGGAAAUCCUUAAUAAACUGAUCAAAUACAUCCAGAUUAAGUUUGUUCGUGGUAGCACCUUCAAAGAAAUCCCCAUGACUGUCUACACAACUAAAAUUAUAACCAAAGUUGUGGAACCAAAAAUUAAAGUGAUUGAAGGCAGUCUUCAGCCUAUUAUCAAAACUGAAGGACCCACAAUAACAAAGGUCAAAAUUGAAGGUGAACCUGAGCUCAGACUGAUUAAAGAAGGUGAAACAGUAACUGAAGUGAUCCAUGGAGAGCCAAUUAUUAAAAAAUACACUAAAAUCAUUGAUGGAGUGCCUGUGGAAAUAACCGAAAAAGAGACAAGAGAAGAACGAAUCAUUACAGGUCCUGAAAUAAAAUACACUAGGAUUUCCACUGGUGGUGGAGAAACAGAAGAAACACUGAAGAAAUUAUUGCAGGAAGAGGUCACCAAGGUCACCAAAUUCAUUGAAGGAGGUGAUGGUCAUUUAUUUGAAGAUGAAGACAUUAAAAGACUGCUUCAGGGAGACACACCUGUGAGGAAGAUACACACCAACAAAAGAGUUCAAGGAUCUAGAAGACGAUCCAGAGAAGGUCGUUCUCAGUGAAAAUCCAGCAACCAGACAGCAAAGUUUAUACCACCCUAAAUCAAUAACCUGAUGCUAAGCGAAAAUUAUGAGAGCCACACUGACUUCAGGAAAAGAAACACCAGCACAAAAAAAGCAAACACAGAAAAAUUCUGAAUACAAAUUUCAUCUUUUUUUUUCUCUGAAUGAGAAACAUGAAGGAAAUUGUGGGGGUUAGUCUGCUGUGGGAUAGGAACUGAAGGAAAUAGAACACCUUACAUACAGGCUUUUACAUAUUGACAUUAAAAAUUCUAGCUAACUUUGGAAUCCAUCAAAGAAGAUUCUUGUCACCUGAGUUAUCAAAAUUCAAGUCUCACAUUCCAUUGAGAAGAUUAAGCCUUGAAUCUAAGAGAUAGAUAAAAUGUAUGCAAGCAGGUACCUCUCCAUGGGCAGCUAAGCUAUAAAACUGGGUGCUCAGUACUAAAAAAACAAGCAAACAAAACUUUUAUGUCAAAAAACUUCACACAUUUCUAAUACAAUGUGGGAUUACCAGUAAAUUAUGUUAUUUCUACAACUAAUUUUGUACUCUUGAAAUGUUUGCCAUAUGCUUUUUUCAAUACAUAUUUUUAUCUCAAAUUUUCAAUAAAACAAUUUUUUCACUUAUAAAAAGAAUUACUUCAAAUUGGGUAAUCAGAAAACUCAAGGUUUAAAUUAAUAAGUGGUUUGGACUUGGGAACAAGACUUUAUACCUCUUUUUUUAUUACAA